UGCCUCACGCUGCGUAGCUCCAAGCAGAAAGUAGCGAGAAGGGGAAUGUCGGCUUGUGAAUGAUCGCUUUCUGAGGCGGCUGGGAGCGUCAACGUUAUGGCUCAGCAAAAGAACCUGGAAGGAUAUGUUGGCUUUGCAAGCCUCCCAAACCAAGUGUACAGGAAGUCUGUGAAGAGGGGCUUCGAGUUCACCCUGAUGGUCGUCGGUGAGUCAGGGUUGGGCAAAUCCACGUUGAUCAACUCUCUGUUCCUGACGGACUUAUAUUCUGCAGAGUAUCCUGGACCCUCACAUCGUAUUAAAAAGACCGUACAGGUUGAACAAUGUAAAGUUUUAGUAAAAGAAGGAGGAGUCCAGCUGCUUCUCACGAUAGUCGACACCCCCGGGUUCGGAGAUGCUGUCGAUAACAGCAACUGCUGGCAGCCGAUCAUCGACCACAUAGACAGCAAGUUUGAAGACUACCUGAACUCAGAGUCCCGGGUCAACAGACGACAGAUGCCGGACAGCCGGAUCCACUGCUGUCUGUACUUCAUCGCCCCCUCGGGACACGGGCUGAAGCCUUUGGACAUCGAGUUCAUGAAACGGUUGCAUGAGAAAGUCAACGUCAUCCCGCUGAUCGCAAAAGCAGACACCCUCACUCCGGAAGAAUGCCAGCUCUUCAAGAAGCAGAUCAUGAGGGAAAUCCAAGAGCACAAGAUAAAGAUCUACGAGUUCCCUGAGACGGAUGACGAAGAGGAGAACAGGCUGGUGAAGAAGAUUAAGGACAAGUUGCCGCUGGCUGUAGUAGGAAGCAACACCAUCAUCGAGGUGAACAGCAAGAGGGUCCGAGGGAGACAGUAUCCCUGGGGAGUUGCAGAAGUUGAAAACAGUGACCACUGCGACUUCACCAUCCUCAGAGAUAUGCUCAUCAGGACUCACAUGCAGGACCUGAAGGACGUGACGAACAAUGUCCAUUAUGAAAAUUACCGCAGCAGGAAGCUGGCUGCCGUAACCUACAACGGAGUGGACAACAACAGAGCCAAAGGUCAACUGUCCACAAAACUUGACACAGUUGAAGGAAUGAGUCCUCUGGCCCAGAUGGAGGAGGAGAGGCGAGAGCACGUGACUAAGAUGAAGAAGAUGGAGAUCGAGAUGGAGCAGGUGUUUGAAAUGAAAGUCAAGGAAAAAGUGCAGAAACUCAAAGACUCUGAAGCAGAGCUUCAGCGGCGUCACGAGCAGAUGAAGAAGAACCUGGAGGCCCAGCAUAAGGAGCUGGAGGAGAAGAGGCGUGUGUUUGAGGAUGAGAGAGCCAACUGGGAGACCAAUCAGCGCCUGGAGCAGCAGAAAAUGGAGGCCUCUAGGACUCUGGAGAAAAACAAAAAGAAAGGAAAGAUCUUUUAAGAGACAGUCGGCAGGACCACCCCAACUCAAGUUUUUUCUGUUUGCCAACGUUGCCGGUCAGGACGCCAG